UCUACCUGUAACUGACUUCAUCUGACUCAAGUCAGAUGUUUGGCUGAUCUAUCCCCUGCAACAAGGAGUCAUGCCAGCUAGACACAGUCUCCUUCCAGGGCUCCUGGCGGCCAGGUUGGAGUGGAGACCACAGCUGUUGAGAACCUGAGCCCCGGUUUUACGUCUCUGUCUCGACCGUAUCACUUAAAGAGGGCUUCCCCAGCAAUGAUAUCCUCAUUACUCCUGGCCUUCCUAUUCCUGGCUCCUGCUACAGUGGCCAUUCCCAGAGCUGACAGUCAGUGUCUGGCAUGUGGAGGACCCGCCGUGGACUUGGAUCGCCAGCGGGAGCUGCUUCUUGACCUGGCCAAGAGAAGCAUCUUGGACAAACUGCGCCUCAGCCAGCGCCCAACACUGAACCGGCCUGUGUCCAGAGUUGCUCUGAGGACCGCGCUGCAGCGCCUGCAUGGGCCCCCGCAGGGGACGCUUCCAGAGGCUGACGGGGAACAGGAGUAUGAGAUCAUCAGCUUUGCUGACACAGGCCUCUCCAGCAUCAACCAGACUCGUCUUGAUUUCCACUUCUCCUCUGAUAGAACUGUUAGUGGCAUGGAGAUCCAGCAGGCCAGCCUCAUGUUCUUUGUACAGAUCCCUCCCAAUACCACCUGGACUUUGAAGCUGAGGAUCCUUGUGCUAGGCUCACAUGACACCAACCUCACCUUGGCCACUCAGCACCUGCUGGAGGUGGAUGCCAGUGGCUGGCACCAGCUCUUCCUGGGGCCCGAAGCUCAGGCUGCCUGCCGCCAAGGGCACCUGACCCUGGAGCUGGUACCUGAAGGCCAAGGAGCCCAGAGCUCAAUCAUCCUGGGUGGGGCUGCCCAUAGACCUUUUGUGGCAGCCAAGGUGAAAGUUGGGGGCAAGCACCGGGUUCACCGGCGAGGCAUCAGCUGCCAGGGUGGGUCCAGGAUGUGCUGUCGGCAGGAGUUCUUUGUGGACUUCCGUGAGAUCGGCUGGCAUGACUGGAUCAUCCAGCCUGAGGGCUAUGCCAUGAACUUCUGCACAGGGCAGUGCCCACUGCAUGUGGCAGGCAUGCCUGGCAUUGCUGCCUCCUUUCACACAGCAGUGCUCAACCUUCUCAAGGCCAACACAGCUGCGGGUACCGCGGGAGGGGGCUCAUGCUGUGUGCCCACUGCCCGGCGCCCCCUGUCUCUGCUCUACUACGACAGGGACAGCAACAUUGUCAAGACUGACAUACCUGACAUGGUGGUCGAGGCCUGUGGGUGUAGCUAGCCCAUGUGUGGAUGGGCAGCCCAAGGUGGGGUGGGCAGACAUGCCCUCACAGAGGUACCCUUUCUUGAGAGGAGGGAAUGACCCCAUUACUGCCUCUGUCCGGAAGGAGAGCUCUCUCCUCCUGAGCAAACUUGGACAUUAUCCCAACUGUGCCUGGAGGAGAUCUUCAUCUAAGGAGAGUCACUGUGCCAUCUUCGUGACCACCAGUCUCUCUCCAGGAAGCCUCACAGGCUCAAUGGCCACCGCAGGGACUCUGACUCACCUGCAACCACGAGCAGUGCCAUCUAGUCCCAGGCAAAGCCACCCACAGCCCACCCUUAAUCUAUCCCAUGAUCCGCUGUACUUCCCUGCUCUUCCCACUUGAUGGCUGUCCCUCCAGGAGGCGUUGACCCAGCCCCUUCCCCUGAUUUUCUGGAUUACCAGAGAGCCCCUUCCUUGGAUUCACUGAAGAUUAGAUCACUGCUGUCCAACGAUAUUCUUCUCUGUAUCUUGAGCCCCUUUCUUAUUUGCCCUGGUGGGCUGCUAAGGCUCACUUGGCACACCAUCCUCCAUUCUUUGUCCUGCUCUGCCCUGCGCUGUGCCCUUAAGGGCUGACUCACCUGAGCUCCUUUGGCCCCUGGCUUCCUGCUGAAUUUGACUAAGGGCAGACACAGGCAGGUGAUUAAAAGAUAGGAGGAGACAGAAGUCAGGGUAUUUCUUAUUCCUGUUGCCUCUGCCUAGGCGCCUUGGAUCUGUGUGACUGUGGCUGUGGUCUGUCCCCACAGCUCCUGUCUGGCUUCCCCCCGGCCCCAGUUCUACCUAGGUUCUGAUAUCACUGCUUCCCCACUGGGGGCUUGUAAGGGCUUUCCACUCUUGCUAGUCCCUGGGGGCCUCAACAUCCCUCCUUGGUUCCCUUAACCCUCCCUACACCUCCAUAAAUAAGGUCUUCCUUAAGUCUUCAUAGUGAUGCAAACACAAUUGAAUGGUUCUUUUGUCAGGACCCUGGCUGACACCAGGGAUGACACAGAGUCUACCUGCCUGGCCCACUUCUGCUCUCUCUCACACAGGCUCCUCAGUGACCAGCUAUUGUGUCUAUCCCACACUUCAUGCCUCUUCCUUUCCUAGGCUUCCACCUCUUCUUUCUUAGGCCUCCUCCUAUCCCCCACCCCAAGAACCAUCUUUGCUGGUCUCAGAGCUAAUAAAGACUUAGGUUUUAUCUGCUCUUCUCCUCCCUCCAUACUCCAAGAGAUGAAACAGAUCAUUGCUCAAUCAGCCAGUAGGCUGAUAUCCUGGGAGCACAUAUGUGGGGGGAGUCAGAGGCACGGCUCAGAGCUGACAGCCUUCCCUCACCGACCCCCAGGGCUCCAUCCAGGAGACCUUCCUAGAAGCUGGAACUGGCCAAGGGCCACUUGCAUGGGACAGGGAGAAGAAAAAGAAGGCAUGGAUUGAGGAAAGGAGGUAUUUGCUCUGAGACUGGGUCCUCUCUAGACCUUUGCCCUUCUUUCCCCAUCAUCCCCUCCCUUUGGUUAGACAGCGCUGAACCAUGGGGUCGAUAUUGUCUGCAGCCCAAGGCCGAGUUUGCGCAAAACCCACGUGUCCUUUGGGUAACGUGAUGUCUGUGUUUGCUCAAUGUAUAACCCCCCUCCUCCCAGGGUCUGAGGUCCCUGGAAGAGGAACCCUAGAGGAGAAAGUCCUUAGGAGACCUGAAGAUCUGAGCUUAUGGGGUUUCCUGUUUCCUGAGCAACCGCAGAAGUCAUGCCACCUUUGCUUGAGGAGAUCUUCACCUAAGGAGAACAUCUAAGGAAGUCUUCUGUGCCCCUUCCUCCCCCUUCCACAGCGUCUCCCCUCCCUACGAAUCACCCCUCCCCUAGAUCUAACCUCUCUCCCUCCAACUACAGCUUCAGUCCCAGGGACAAGAGUAAGAUGAGAUGAAGUAAGGCAGUCACUUUGGGGGCAAAACUGUAAGGGGAUGCCAAGAAAUUUAUCAAUUGAGAUAAAUAAUCUUGAUGCAAUGUUUUUAAAACAGCAAAAUGAAUGCCAAAAAAAUCCAUGAUGAACAAAACAACAAAUUUUAAAAUAAACACAGAAUUGGUUUUAACUCCC